AUGAGCUUGAAGACAGAGGAGGUAUGGUGUGGUGGUGGUGCUAGCAGCAUCUGCUCACCGGAGAGUGAUGAAAACAAAGGAUCGAUUGAGAGGUUGAAGCAAGAGGCUUCAUCAGUACAAGGGGUAGAAUUGAAAACUGAUAAUAAGAAGAACUGGAUGAGCUCUGCCCAGUUAUGGAUCUCAAACACUAACUCACAGUCGCAAUCGACAAACGAAGAAGAAAACCGGUGUGUGACUCAGACCUGUAAUAAUAAUAACGCUAACCAACGAGGGGCAAUUAUGUCAUUUAACCGUCCUCCACCUCCUCUUCCUUCAGCUCCUCUGUCUCUUCCAAAGUCAGAAAUAUUGACUGACUAUAGCAGCAGAAUUGAGCAGAGUCAUCCAAUUCAGAAGAAAGAGCUGAGAAGGAAAUGGUCUGAGGAUCUUCACCGGAGGAUCAUUGAUGCUCUUCAGAAGAUUGGAGGGUCACAAGUGGCAAUACCAAAGCAAAUUAGAGAUAUCAUGAAAGUUGAUGGUUUAACCAAUGAUGAAGUCAAGGGUCAUUUACAAUGUGUGAAAUGA